UACGUAAGCCUAGCUGAGAGCCGUGUGCAGUUACGCUGUGAAAAUGGCUUUGAUUUUCAACCCAACGCUUUCUGGAAUUGUGCUGGAAGAACCUGACGACGGGGGAAAGAUGGCUUUUCUUGAUAUGUCUUUAGAUGACACUAUAACGCUUAAUAAGGUAGAAGAUGUAAACAGUGAAUCAAGCAAGAAAGGGGAAGAGAGCGAUGAGAAGAGGAGCUCAACUUCAAGACAGCCACCAAAUGCUCGUAGAUGUCACCAGCAGAAAGGACUCUCACAAUUCACAAACAACGUUGAGGAAGGAAAUCAAGAUGAAGAACCUUGCCAAGAAUCUUCCGAGUUCAAGUCUGAACAAAGCACUUCAAACGAGCAACCUGUAGAUAAUCAGGAGAAGUGCAGUGACAAUUCCAGCUCCCAAACAGAGAGGAGUGGGAGCCUGUCGGAAGAGAAUCAGCAACAAUUGGAAACAUCUUCAGGCCAAUCGUCAGAAAACCAAGAUCAUUCAGAAAGAUCUCAAGGCCAGUCGGAGAGUUCUUGUGAUCAGUCAGAGAGUUCUCCUGGCCAGUCGGAGAGAUCUCGUGGCCAAUCAGGGAGUUCUAAUGAGCAAUAUGAGACAUCUUGUGACCAGUCAGAGAGAUCUUGGGCCCAAACAGAAAGAUCUCGUGGCCAAUUAGGGAAAGCUCAUGAUCAGCCAGAGACAUCUCGUGCCCAAUUAGAGAGAGCUCAUGACCAGCCAGAAAGAUCUCAUGCCCAAAUAAAAAGAUCUCAUGGCUACCCAGAAAGAUCUCGUAGCCGAUCAAAGAGAUCUCGUAGCCGAUCAAAGAGAUCUCGUAGCCGAUCAAAGAGAUCUCGCCAACUUCACCAGAAGAUAAAGACAAACCAGAAGGGUUUAGUACACUUCUGCCUUAAAUACGUCACCAACGUACAAGCCCAGUGUGGUUUGGGUAAAAGCUGCCUGCAGAACUGCAGCUCUGAUGUGCUGCUUGCCUCUGUUUUCAGUAGCUUCCAAACUCUGGCCUUGGUCUCAUUAAUGCUCUGA